GAUUUCAAAAACGUCAAACGUCAUUCCGCGUCAUACCACGAUCAACUAGAAAUCCAUGUAAAAAAAAUUCAAACCAUGACCUAAUAAUAAUACCCUCAAAUAUCACAAGAACCAUGUGAUUUCAUACAGUAGUACCAAAACUCUCAGGAUAGCUAGCUCACAAUGCUUAAGCCAAAGUACGAUCCGCCGACUCCGACGUUCCCAUACAAAAUCAGAAGACGGUACAACAUGCUCAGUGUGCCGAGGAAAUACUUCACGGACACGGGCGAGGGAAUGCCGGCCUACACGCCGCGAGGCAUCCGGAAGUCCGCUCUUAAUGCGCACAUAUCUGACAGGGUACACGACGCCGCUUGGCCAUAUUUACGUCGCAUGCUACUAACAAAGCGUGCGUACAAGAGUCGUUUCAGCGUGGAACGUCUGGAGCGCUUGGAUCGUAUGAUUGAAGCCGCGAAUGCGACUUGCUAUUCGAAACUCGCGAAUUGCGUCAUUGAUUUGAAGAAACAAGACACUAAAGAGGUUAAGAAGAAGAAAGGUUGGACUGAAAGCGAAUGGAAGAAACAUAUGGAUUAUAUCGGACAGAUCGCUGGUCCAAAGAGAGACUUUAGACCACCACCUAUAGUGCGAGGACCGUUCAAGCCGCUAGAAGCGCUGCUGCCGCGUAUCAAACUGAUGACCGCGGUGCCCAAAUUCAAGAUCUACAGAAGAUUGUCGCAAGAUUCCAACUACAGAGACCCUAUUAAGGUCCCUCCAGCCGCUCUAAAAUACGUGCUAACAGAUAGAACAAAGAAGCUAGCUACCCCGAGAGUUAUCCCGCAGUUCUAGAUUUACGUCUAAAGUCAAAACUAAUCGAAUUAAAAAAAAACAUCAUAAAAAAACUACUGUCAGAAACAUCACAAAAGCAAUAGUCAAAUAGUUCAUAGACAAUAAAACAAUCAUAGACAUA